AAAUGGUGCCACAAAUAGGAAGAGCACAAGUGCGAAGAGAACAAACGGCAUAAGAAACAACUAGAAUACUUGGUGGGAAAUGCCAAUUGAUAGUUUUUAUAGCCGAGAAUGAAGAAAAAAACCAACACCACGUUUAUCAUUUCUCUCUCUCUUUACAGUUUACCCACAUACUCCACCAUUGUUGCUUCACUCAACAGCCAACAAUUUGGAUCAUACAACUUUUCUUGAAUACACUCAUAUAAUCUCUGUCUUCCUCUCUCUAUAGAUAGUGUUUAGAAACUUUCACCUCUUUCUCUCUCUCUUUCUAUCUGCAUAUAAUGUUGGGAAGUAGAAACUUAGGAUUGAUAACCACAUUUGUUGUGGGUGUUGUGCUCCAGAUUAUGAUAUGCUGUGGACAAAACAUUAGCAGAGCAAGUUUUCCAAAGGGUUUUGUUUUUGGGACGGCAUCUUCUGCAUAUCAGUUUGAAGGAGCUGUCAAGGAGGAUGGAAGAGGUUCAGCAAUCUGGGACAAAUUUGCACAUUCCUUUGGUAAGGUCAUUGACUUUAGCAAUGCAGAUGUAGCUGUGAAUCAGUAUCACGUUUAUCCCGGAGAUAUACAGCUUAUGAAAGACCUGGGAAUGGAUGCCUACAGGUUUUCAAUUGCUUGGUCCAGGAUUUACCCUAAUGGUACAGGGCAAAUCAAUCGAGCAGGAAUUAAUCAUUACAAUAAUCUCAUCAAUGCUUUACUGGCCAACGGUAUAGAACCUUAUGUGACUAUUUACCAUUGGGACCUUCCUCAAAGUUUGGAAGAUAGAUACACCGGAUGGCUUAAUCCGCAAAGCAUAAAAGACUUUGCAAUAUAUGCCGAAACAUGCUUCAAGGAAUUUGGAGACAGAGUAAAGCAUUGGAUUACAUUCAACGAGCCUCAUACUAUGUCUGUACAAGGCUUUGAUGUCGGGCUUCAAGCACCGGGGCGUUGUUCCAUUCUUCUUCACGCAUUUUGCAGGGCUGGAAAUUCUGCUAAUGAGCCUUAUAUUGUUGGCCACAACGUGCUUCUUUCACACGCUGCAGCAGUGGACAUUUAUAAGAAAAAGUACCAGAAAGUGCAACGUGGGUCAAUUGGAAUAUCACUUGAUUCCUUCUGGUAUGAACCGAAAACAAACUCUUCCGACGAUAUUGAAGCCACACAAAGAGCAAUAGAUUGGAAC